UGUGCUGUGGCCUCAUGCCACAUACGAUUUCACUAUUUAGAAAAUUGCUUUCAACACACCUCAACCACCAAGAGAGGGAGAGACAAGGGGGAGAACACCCGGUUGCUCAGCGUUUGCUGAUGGCGGGAGAGAUGGCUGAAACUACAGUAGUGCGAGCGGCUUCAACCGAGGUGGACAGCCUGUUGCUGAGGAUGCUUCAACGGUCGCUUGGUGCCGAGACCGAUUCAAAGGUUUACGAGAAGAACCUCCACGACACCAUGGCAGAGUUCCCCGAGCUUAGGAAGCAGCGCAAGAUUGAUUACUAUCGGCGAGCUAUGGUAUUCAAGCUCAUGGACGAGAAGGACAACGCUAGGGAGCGGCGCAGGAAGGUUUUCGAGUAUUUCAACGGCGCUAUUUCUAGACAAAACAAGUUCCAGGCGGGAGAUAUCUACGAGGUCUCCCGAGAGCUGCUGAUGCUAGUAGACGAGUUUCGGGAGUUGCUGGAUCGGCUCUUCUCGUGGUGUGAUUUGUGUUUGCCGGGGAACGAGCAGGCGUUUGCGGAGUCGCACCGCCAGAAGAUUCAGAAGUUUCAGGUCCAGAUCGUCCAGGAGAUGAAGCGAUCGAACAGCGCUCGCUCUCAGGUCAACUCCCAAUUAUCCCUGAGAGUCGAAACGCUGCGGCACAUGUUUUCCACCAAGGAGGUGGCCGGGGGAAACCUCGAAGCGUGGGAAAAGGCUCACCACGACUUGCUUACGUCGCAGGAGUCGAACGCUUACUUGCAAAUGGGACGGAGUUGGGAGCAGAUCUUGGAGUCCCUGUUGCUCCUGUACAACUAUUGGAAGGUGAAUCUGAAGGACGAUAACAUCGUAUUCGGGGACGCGGGGAAGUCCACCGGCAACGAUUACUUUGCUUGACUUGAAUGAGGAUUAUCAGCUAUUUUGGUGCUUGUUCACGGCAACGCGUCCCGGAUGCAUGUCAAGGUGAAUCAAGCGGGUUCAAUCAUCCGCGCCGGAGUGUAGCACAGGGAGUAAACCUGUUGCUCGGAGGACGGAGGCGUCACAACUGCAGACUUGGCGUAGGACGGCCUGAUACUCUGCUACAUUGUCCCUCGGUAUUGUAGACACACCGUGUUUGGUUGUUCUGUUGUCGUGGCGUUCUUCGGUGUAAGUAAACGUGUGGCGCAUUCAUCCGUGUCCUGGUGUAACAUUUCUUGAGAGCACAGCUGCAGCUGAAAGAAGAGAGCAGCAAAGGUGCUACUAUAUGAAUGGGUCGGAAAACGGUUGUCUCAAGCAGCCGGACGGCCGUGUUGUGGCAGUUGUUAUUUAUGUGCACGGUCUCUGUGCCUCUCUUCUGCAUAUUUCCAUCGCGUCUAUGCUCAGCUUCGGUAUUAUUAGUAAAGGUUUUGCGAAGCGUUUUGUUUCUAACGACACGGGGAUAUUUUGCGCGGUCUCUAGAAUCUAGCAAGCUACCAUAGCCUUUGCCGCAGAGCAGGAGCGACAGGUUGUAUCAGUGGUGACUUUCGUGGAAAUCAUGUCCAAUGGUACAACGAGCGGUUACGCGGUGGCUUUUUUUUUUAGCGAUUUCUCCACGUCAACACCCUCCUCGUAUCCUGGCUCGUACGGAACCGGAAUCGGUGUGUGUGACUGUAGUUCGACUCCGGCUGUUGAUGGAUUGUUACAAGCAACGACUGGAGCAUGUUCUGCUAUAGACCUCUCGCCUCUUAUGUCAGACUCCAGUUGUGUGUUUUUCGAUUUCGGGCUAGUGUAGUAUCUGUUCUCUGCAUGAAUAGGCCCCAGCAGUUACUGACUCACACGCUUGAUGAGGUACCAUGUCACUGUGUGCAACUUGUGCUUUUUGAAUGAUAUCGGGCGGGGUCAACAGUUUCUUAUAUCAUAUUGUAGGGGCUCUGGAAUUUUCUAGAGAGCAUUCUUGAAACAAGUCCAUGGCUUAUGCUCUACUCGUGUGGGAUACCACGACGGUCUUGUCGUUUUAGGUCUUGACGGACGAACCCCACCCGACUUUUUUAGUUCAUUUCUUUUCAGUUUUUGUGGAACACGACUUUCCGUUUUUCUCCGUGACGCCGAAGAUUUUGUAUCGUUUUCAUAGUCGUUUGGUUGGAUGAAAGGGAGGUGGGUUGGUGUACUUGCAAUAGACACUGUGCCCUACAUGAAACCUCGACAGAGAAACGGGGUUCGGUUUCGGAACGAUAACCAAGCGAGGCGUUUGCCCUUCUGAUGAGAUGUUAAUGACGCUACGUGUACCAGACGAUACGGGCCUAAGACUGCGGCCCCGACCUCGGCGGCAGUCGGGACGUGCUAACAGGAGGCUUCCCCUAUUGGCUUUUUCG